AAAUGGCGGCGGCCGGCGGUGUGGGGGGAGGCGAGUGAUCGCGCAGCCAUGGCGGGAGCGAGCGGUUGCCUGAGGUUGAUGGCCGCGGCCCUGCUGCUGCUGGUCGGGGUCGCGCUGACCGGCGCCGACCGCCCGCGGCUCCUGGGGGCCCCGGUGGAGGUCGACAACGCCGACAACGACGAGGGCCUGCAGCGGGCCCUGCAGUUCGCCAUGGUGGAGUACAACAGGGCCAGCAACGACAUGUACUCCAGCCGGGUGGUGCGGGUCAUCAGCGCCAAGAGGCAGCUUGUGUCUGGAAUCAAGUACAUCAUGAAAGUUGAGAUUGCCCGCACGACUUGCCCCAAGCCAGCGACUGAUCUCCAGAGCUGCUCUUUCCAUGAUGAGCCGCAGAUGGCCAAGCACACCAUUUGCAACUUCGUAGUGUACACUGUUCCUUGGCUGAACCAAAUCAAACUACUCGAAAGUAGCUGCGAGUAAGAUUCCCUUGGUUCCAGCAGAGACCAGCAACCAGUUGCUCAGAUUUAAAAGGAAGAAAAAAAAAAACACAACCAAAAGCAAUAACACACUUUGAAAUGGGCUUCAUCAAUGCCUGUUAACUACUUACAUAUGCUUGUGCUAUGCAAGUUAAAGUAUGUAACUUUCCUUUAAAGCACAGUGUGAGCUCAACUUUUAUUUUUCUUUGUAAUAGCAUUUUAGAGCAGCUGUUUUGGUCUUCCUACAGCUUUCCCAAUAAAGUAACUCCAACAUCA